CCCUGUCCCCUCCAGCUCACUGUGACUCAUUGCUUAAUGGUUCCACCUGCAGUAAAUUAUGCACCUUUCCUGUUUCUACCUAUUUCUAGCACUUUGUUAUUUAUUUAUUGAGCAGACUGUAAUACGGGGACUUUAUCCAGCAACAUUAUAUAAAGGAGUUCCUGCCCUGGGGAAUUAGUCAUGUCCUGUCUUCUGUUGUUUACAAAUGGUGUUUUUCCUCUGGCAUACAGGAACCGAUUCGAACCCGAUCCGUACCGCAAAGAGGCACUAGUUACAGUGCGGUUCCCGCUUGCUUCGGCGUUCCACUGCAGAAGGGUUAGCUUGGGCAGCGUGUGGCUCAGUGGGCUAAGCCUCUGUGCCUGUGAUCUGAAAGUUGCUGGUUCAAACCUGGCCUUGGCACGUCUGUGGGUUCUGGAUCAGGGCCUUGACCCCACCCUGGGUGCUGCAACAGGUGCCAGUCAGCCUGCUGCCACCCGCAAAGAGCAAGUUGGAGGAGGUGCAAAGAGAAUCUUGCAUCAAUAAAAUAUCACUUAUUAUUAUUAUUAUUAAAGGCAUUGCUGGGUUUGGACAGUGACUUAAAUUUAAAGAGAAGCUUUUUUUCUGUUCACACAGUAUUCAUCAUGAUUUACUGUGUGCUAAUUUCUGCUAGUACAUCUGUGAGAGCCGGCGUCUUAAGUUAGUAUCAGACAAUAGCGGAAUUAGCAUUCGCUUGCAUAAAUUUGCAUCACAAAUGAAUUCCGUUCAGCCAUUCUAUAGUACCUAGAAAGAGGAUGAAAAUUUUCAAGUUCAGAGUUAUUGGGAAUGCACCAAUACAUCGCAAAGUGCAAUACUAUUAAUAAUGAAUAAUAUAUAUACAUAGAAUAUGCUUUUUUCCUUCAGAUAAUCUAUGCAUAUUGAUGCAGAUCACCGGUAUCUCUACCAGUCGAAUGGUGGUGUAACCAGUUCAGUUCAGUAAACAGGUCCUGCUAGUUCGGCCUGGGUACAGCUCGGUUCUUAGUGGCAGUGGAAAAGCGCCAAAGUUGAGUUCCCCAUCCCUUUCUAACCGGUGGAAUGACUAAAGCUUAUUGACCCCCCACAGACGGUUCGUGGUGAGAUGUACCUCCCGACGGUGGCUCAGGCUCCUGCGAAGAUGAGCUACCCAGAGGGCAUACCCGCCAAGCAGAGGCUGGCCAUUGGCCAGGAGGUGUUCGGCCUUCUCCCAGGGCUGACCGUGUACGCCACGCUCUGGCUGCGAGAGCACAACCGCAUCUGCGACAUCCUGAAGGCCGAGCACCCAACCUGGGCCGAUGAGCAGCUCUUCCAGACCGCACGCCUCAUCGUCAUUGGUGAGACCAUCAAGAUUGUGAUUGAGGAAUAUGUCCAGCACCUCAGUGGCUACCUACUGAAGCUGAACUUUGACCCAACCCUAAUGUUCGGCACCCCGUUCCAGUACGGGAAUCGCAUCUCCAUAGAGUUCUCCCAGCUGUACCACUGGCACCCAUUAAUGCCGGAUAGUUUCCAUAUCAACGGAGAUGAAAUUCCUUACCACCAGUUUCUCUUCAACACCUCCAUUGUCAUGCACUACGGUCUGGAGAAGCUGGUGGACGCAUUUUCGAAACAGCGUGCCGGCCAGGUGAGGUUCAGCCACUCACAGGUGGUUUAUGUCUGUAGGCGUGCCGUCCCUGUAAUGUGAUUGGCUGGUAUCCCACCCAGGGUGUGUCCUGCUACCCGCCCUGCGCUUCCUCCUAUGCCAUGGCCCUGAGGUUAUGUGGAAUGAUUGGCCCAGUUUGUAUACACUGGUCAGUUUUGGGACAAAUAAAUUAAACCUGAAUGUUUAUUUAUUAACCAGUUCUGAUGCCAUUGUAAUACACAAUUACAAAAAGUAUUUUUAUACAGUAGUAAGAGUCCCGUUUAGACUAGCAGUCAAAGGCAAGGAUGGAGCCGAAAGCAGGCGUGGGGAAAAGCUAAAGGGGCUUUAUUAAAUGAGACUACAGGCAGGGCAAAAGGAAAUGGACCACAAGGGGUCAAAAUGGGGUAGGGAGGAACAGGACAGAACACUGGGGAGCACAUGCAGGCAGCAACAUCAAUGACUGGACUUGGGAGCUCGAGAUAGGAAGGUACUAUAUACACCACUGAUGAGAGAGCAGACGAGAGGCACCUGGGGUGAUCCACACAAGGGCUGUAAUGGAAGGUAAAAUUAAACAAACCACUGGUGUGGCUCGUUAGAGCCACAUGAGAGAGACAACGAGGGUGGAAAGGAUGUGGGGCGUGACAGCAGUGAGUAAAAAGUAACAAAGUAUUUCAGUCUUC